AUGGCUGCUCAAUUAUACGAAACUACAAGUGGACGUCUCUUUCACGCAGGCGCUGUUGCUGUGAUUACAGUAGGUUUACCUGCUCGCGGUAAAACUCAUGCCUCUCGAUCCUUGUGUCGCUACAUGCGUUGGUUAGGCGUUUCUACCAAGGUAUUUAGUGUAGGCAACUAUCGCAGAGAGAGAUUGGGCUCGUUGUCUGAAGAAUGGUUUGACCCACAUAAUGACAAGGCUACAGAGACUCGCCUGCAAGUUGCUGAUGAGUGUCUAGGUGAUCUCAUCAACUGGCUUCAAACAGGAGGUGGCCAAGUGGCUAUUUUCGAUGGCAAUAACGUAACGGAAGCUAGAAGAAAACAGAUCCACGACAAACUGCUGGAUAAUGACAUUCAUCCAUUAUUCUUGGAGUUUAUCUGCAACAAACCUGAUAUCAUUUUAGCCAAUAUUAGAAGUGUCAAAAUUUCGUCCCCAGAUUAUGUUGGAUGGGAUCCUGAGGAAGCUGUGAAAGAUUACAAGCGUCGUAUUAAACAACAUGAGGACAACUAUGAAACAAUCACAGACACAACACUCCCCUUUGUCAAAAACAUGAAUGCUGGCGAGCAGUUUAUAGUGAACAAUGUCAUAGGCUAUUUGCAGUCUCGUAUAGUGUAUUAUCUCAUGAAUCUUCACAUUCAACGUCGUACCAUUUAUUUCGCACGGUCUGGUCCUUCUCUCAACGACAAUUCAUACAAAGCAGAUGCAAAUCUCUCUGUCGAGGGCGAAAAGUAUGCUGAGAAGCUAACAGAGUUUAUGUUGGCUUAUCAUGAUCAAAAAAAUGCCACUAGAACAGCUGAUGAAGAACGCCCCUUGACUGUUUGGACAUCGACACAAAAGAAAUCGUUGGAGACUGCAAUUCCAUUCAUCAAUGCCGGUAUUCCUGUCAGACAGCAAUCUGUAUUGAACCAGCUAAAUCCAGGAGAGUCAGAUGGAUUAUCUCCUGCUGAGGUCAAGGAAAAGUUUCCCGAAGAGAUUGCAAAAGUAAAGGAGAACCCAUAUCGCCAUAGAUAUCCACGUGCUGAGUCGUACCACGAUUUAGCAGUGAGAUUGGAAUCUGUCAUUAUGGAGCUUGAGCGUGAAAAGAAUGAUGUGCUGAUCAUUGCUCACGAAACAGUGCUGCGCUGUUUAUAUGCCUACUUGUUUGAUAGACCUGCUUCUGAAAUUCCAACAAUUUCAAUUCCAAGAUCAUGCCUCAUAGAAAUUACACCCUCAGCAUACGGCUGCAAAGAAUCUCGUAUGGAGAUCUUGUAA